AUGGCCUCACGUUUGUCGCGACCGUUGCUGCGCCGCAUCGGCACCUCCAGCUCUGCUGUCCUGCGAGUUCCCGGGUCUUCUAGUGGCGUUUUCGCCUCUCGAGGCUUUGCCAAUGCAGCGAGCAACCCGGACGAAGUGCUUAAGGCGGACUUCAGGCGCUGGCUCAAGAAGGAGGCCGUGCUGCUGGCGUUCAUAGUGGCGGCCGGAGCCACAGGCGUCCACUUCUACCAGAACCGCGAGGGUGCACCGGUGAAGCAAGUCGAGCGGCUGGUUAAGCAAGCGGAGCAGAGCGCGCAGGAGGGCGAUCCGAAGCAGGCGCUCAAGCAUUGUCUGCACGCCUACGACGUCAUCAAGAGCACCAACCCGCACGACCGCCACUUGUUCGAGCUCGCGUUUUCCAUCGCCGCGCAGUACGAGACACUGGGCAAGGGGACGCCCGCCACCAACUACUACCUCGACGCGCUGGAGCACAACGCGCGCGAGCUGAAGCCCGCCCGGAGGGAGCGCAACCGCGUGGUCACGCUCGACCGCAUUGCACAGUCCUACGAGGACAGGGGCCACGUCCAGACAGCGGAGAGGUAUUUCAAGCAGGCCAUCAAUGCUUACGACCAGAACCGCGGCCGGCGAGAGCUGUCGAAGGCGUCCAACAAGGCUGAGGCCGCAGACCUCGCGGCGCUGGACCGGGAGAUCCCGGCCGUGCUGUUCAACUACUCGCAGCUGCUCAUGGCGAACGAGCGGUGGCGCGAGGCUGGCACUGUGCUGCGGCGCGCCAGGACGCUCGCGCGCGUGUCCGCGCUGUCCGACGAGUAUCUUGAACUGAUCGAAGGCGCGAUCGGCCGUGCCAAAGCAGCCAAGGCGGCAGAAAAAGCGAAGGCGGACCAGGAGCAAAACUGA